UUACUGGUGCUAGGCUAACUAAUUUAGCCGAGCGGCUAACGUGAGGCGUGUUGGCUCGCUGCUUUUGUACAUACCCCGAAAUGGAGGUUUUCCCAAUCAAACUGUAGUCGGACGUUUGGGUGGCGUGUAAUUGUUUGGAUUUUGCUUAGCUGAUUCAAGUGGCUGGCCGAGAUUUGGCUUCGUGUAACUAAUCUCGAUUUCUUAGUUUGGGUUAGAUGCGUCGCUAAACGCGAAGGCUACAGCGAUCAACCAAAGUGCAAUAACAUGACUGUAUGGCAACAAAUCCCCCCCCGAGGUCGUUGUUUUGUUACCUCACUGCCGCAUGUAAUGAUCUCGCUCCGGCUCACAACUAAAUGAUUAUACCUUUGAUGAAUACGACAAGCCUGGAACGGAGCGUUCGCGGAGGAGGAGGGGCGAGGAUGAUGAUCUAGAGAGCGAUUUGGAGGAGGAUUUGUUAGAAGAAUUUUCACCGUCGGGUAAGAAGAAUCUGUCUGAAGAUGAGGACGAAGAGCUGAACGAUGCUCUUCUACAGAGCGAUGAGGAGGAACACAUGAGUGGUCAGGAAGUGAGCCUCAACGCCACGUACGGAUUCAACUACUCGGAUGACGCUGUCAACCUGGGCGCCGACGACUACGAUGACGCGAGCGCGGAGCCGGGCUACCCGCGGGACCGCGACGACUACUCCGACGACUACGCCCGGGACAUGGUGGCCGAAGAGCAAGUAGAUUACGCCGCAGACGAAGUGCUCGACAUCCAAAUUACUGAGCCCAUUGAUGGAGAAUUUCAAGACAAUGAAUAUCAAACCUAUGAGGAUGAAGAAGGAGUGGAGCAGGAAGUGGCCCCCGAGGAGGAGACUUUGGGGGAUGAACAGCAGGCCGAGGCGGAAGGCUCCCAGCUCUUUGAAAGGCAAGAGGUCGGAAGCGAAGCCAUGCCCGAAGAAGCGCCAAAGGAGGAUUCCGACGACGACGAGGAAGACGACGGAGACUCCGGUCGUAUCCGCUUCAAGUCGGAGAGGAAGGACGCCGUUGUCGUGCGCCUGGCCGAUGCCGGCACUAAGCGGAGGAAUAUCCCCGAAACGCUAGAACUGUCGGAGAAGGCCAAAAGGGAUCUCAUCGAGCUGGAGCAGCAAGAACGGUAUAAACGGCAAAAUCGCUACGGGGGUCGAGGAGGAAGAGGCGGCGGCGGCUAUGCUGGAUUCGGAAUGCACAACGUGAGAGGUGGACACAGAGGACGAAUGAAUGAGCACAACUUCCACCCAAGGGGCAACAUGCGGCAGUCCUCUCGAAUGCCUCUCCUCCAUUUUCCCCACCAACAGCAGCAGCAGCAGCCGCCGCCGCCGCCGCACCACCCUCUGUCCCGGCCGCGGGGACCCCACCCCUUCCAAGAGCGCUUGCACGGGCACCGGCCCCUGCAGCCCCUCAUCACCACGCACCGCUCACCGCUGCAGCCCCAGAUGGACGCGCCGCCACGACUUUUGGGCUCCCCGCCGGCCACUUUCGGCCAUCAACACGACCAACAGCAGCAGCAUCACCACCACCACCACCACCACCACCAUCAGCAGCAGCUGGCGCACCCCAAAAACAUCCACAUCAACCCCCAUUUCAGAGGCUCGGCACCAUCCACUGGGCCAGUGCCCUUGAUGCCUCCUGCUCCGAGCCAGCCUCGGCCUGCGCUGGGCCCUCAAAGGUUCCCUGCACCGGGAGACUUCCAUCAUCAGCAAAUGGCGAAUAAUUUUGGUCAGCCCCAGCGGCCGCCUCAUCACAUGGAGCCCUUCAGGAACCAGCCGCGUCAAGGCCCCCCGGACAGGGAACCCCUCUUUAUGGGAGGCCCGGAACGCGCGGAUCCGACAAGCUUUCCAGGGCAGCUCAUGUUUGAUCCCAACCCGCUCCUGAACGCCAGCCUGCAUCAGCAGCAAAUGCCCGCUCAGGGUCACAUGAGUUUCGGAGCGCCGGCCUUCGGCCAGCGGGGCCCGCUCGGACUGUUCUCCAGAGAGCCGCCGAGACCCGGCCUCCCCCCUCCCCAAGGCCACCAGGGGCUGGUCAGCUUGAAUCAACCAGCUCCCCCUCCCAACCAGUCCAGGCCCUUCCUCAACCCUCGUCAGCCCUUCAGUCAGCAGGGAGGCCUCUUCCCUCCGCCGCAAGCCCAAUUUGGCAUGCAGGGCUUGAUACCCGGGCCCCCUCAGCCUCCAAUUCAGGACUCGCUACCCUCCCACCAGCCCAUCCACCAACAGCACCACAGGCAGGAGCUCCUCCACCACCAUCAUCAUCAGCAGCAGCAGCAGCAGCAUCAUCAGCAGCAGCAGCAGCAGCAACGGCUCAACCUCAACGAGCCUCCCCGCUUGCUGCACCACGGACAGAAUCUCUUCCAGCAGCAACAGCUGUCGCACAGCGGUCCGAGGCAGGCCAGCCCCCGCCUGCAAAAUGUACAACAGCGCAACAUGGCCAACAGGCAAAGGAUGACCGCACCUGCUUCCAAGCAAAUCCACCCUCAGCGCAACAGCAACCUACGGGAGCUCCCCGUAGCACCUGGCAACGCAACCGUGGCUUCCCUCGGCGCCAAUGUCAGGCCCGUUACCAAGGCAACGCAGGGGGUGCGUCCCGUGCAGCGUGCUCACGCGCUGCUGCCUGGAGGCGGCGGCAGAGGAAGGGGCCAGGUUGCUGACAACAACGCCAGCCCGCAGCCCGCGGCGGCCCCCGGCAGGACGGUCAUUUGCAAGGAAAGCCCUAGCAGCGCCGAAGCGCAGGACGAGGACGAAGAGACCCGGCAGUACCGUCUGAAGAUCGAGGAGCAGAAGCGCCUCCGAGAGGAGAUCCUGAGGAGGAAGGAGCUGAGGCGGCAGAUGCAGGCUGGCGUCAGGAAAAAAGAGCUCCUGGACAGGAUCAGCACGCCAGCGCCAACACAAAGCCAAGCGCCUUCACAGCAAGAAAAGCAGCCGGCAGCGCCUCCCCCGCAGGUCCUGCUUUUACCGCCGUCGCAGCAGCAGCAGCAGCAGCAGCCGCCGUCGCAGCAGCCGCCGCCGCAGCAGCAGCCGCCGCCGCCGGAACAACGUCAGCCUCCUCCGCUGCAACAGCAGAGACCGCCGCGACCCCAGCAGCCCUUCAAUCAGUCGCUCGGUAAUCCCAACGGCGCGGCGCCUCGCCCCAACGUCAAGUCACGCUUACAGAUGGGAACGGCAAAUAACCAGCAGCCACAGACUCUCCGGCCCGGUCCGGAGCAGCAGUGGAGGCAGCCCCCCCCGCAAAGCCCCCUGCUGCAGCAGAGAAGGACGAGCGGGCCGCUGAAUGUCAACAAAGCCGGCGCUCCCGACCAGUUGGCUCAGAUCCCUUUAAAAAACAUUCCCGCGCUGGGGCCUGGCCAGCCCCAGGCUCAAGGACUUAAACCUGGGGCGAAAAGAACGGUGAUGCAGCGCGCCAAGCUCGCUGACGGCGAAGGCCAGCAGUUGCCACAAAAAGUCCGAGUGGUGAAACUUUCCGGCGCGCCUGGGAAAGGCCCGGAGGCCACGGCUUUCCCUAUGCAGCAGCAGCCGCCGCCGCAGCCGCCGCCGCCGGGCCCCUGGCCAGACAACCCUUUCCGGCAGAGCAUCCAAAGGAAAGUCACCAUGGCGGGACAACAAGUGCACGGCGCGGGAGGGAUGCAACAUUUGGGCCCAGGGGGCAUGGGCUACCCGCAGCAGAACAGGGUGGUCGUGUCGGGCCGAGGAAGAGGGGGCGCCCCUGCCGGUCGAGGAGGUCCCGCGGGGGCCCGACAAGGCCAGAGGGUCGGCGAGAGUCUACGGCGCACCGUCACCAUCGAGGGCCUGUCGUCGUCCACCACCGACGUGCAGCUGCAGAGCCUUUUAAGAUCCAUCGGUCCGAUCGAGAUGUUCCAAAUGAUACCUCAGCAAAGGAAAGCAAUCGCCGUCUUUUCAAGUCCCCAACACGCUGCAAGUUUUCAAAUGAGCUUCCAUAGGCACAUGAUUGAUUUGUCCCACAUUGACGUGAAGCUGAUUGACUGAUGAGGGAAGCGCGCCGCUGCCGCCGCCGCCGCCGCAAAGUCAAGGAACGUCAACGUUCUACCCGCCCGCACCCCACUUCGUGCCCCCCCCCCCCCCUGUCGUACGAUACGCUGCCGUUUCGGCGGGCGGUCGGUCGGCCGGCCGACCGUCUCGUUUGCACGCAGGUGUCGGCCUUGGAACUUGGAACAAUCCAACACUACACCGCAUGCUUGAUUAGCCAUUUUCAUAUAGUAGGACGCCCAAGAUGAAAGUUUGUGUUGUAUGGUACACGUGGACACUAAGACUGGAUAAUGGUUGACCCCCCCCGAACGUGACCAUUAGGUUAUGACAUGGAGUUUAGAUUUAGGAAGAGAGCUCGCCGCUCAUUUGGUUGUCCCGGCUGAGGUUGCAGUAGCGUGGUCUCCGCUCUAGGUGGCAGCAUCGCAUGGCGUGGCGUCAAUGAUUUGAAGCGAAUGGCUGGCUCAGUGUCUGUCCUCGUGUCCCUUGAAAUUGCGGCCAACAUGCGUGCGGCGCUGGUCACUUUGAUUCCGUUUUAACUGACUUUCCACACCAAGAGAGCGAGCGAGCGAGCGAGCACCUUUUGCGAUGUCAAUUUUAGUUCCACAGAAAGUAAGCGUCAUGAAUUGGUACUUUUUUAAUUUCUUGCUCUUUUUUGUCCAAAUGUGUUGAACCCUUGUCUUCCCUCCACUCGUCAGGUUCAAGUGAAAUGGACCAAUUGAUGAACGCCUGGGGAAAGGCCCUUUUUAACAUUUUCCUUCAUUUAAGGCUCAGAAUAGCGACGUCAGCUGCUAGCAGCAGUUUUUAACCGACCUACCUGUAAGGUUCCUAAUGAUUUCAGGCAGGGGUCUCGCAAAUGCGUACUUAAGUAAGUACCAUUCAACCUCAGUUUUGUUUUGUUCCGCAGACUUUCCAAAAGUGUCACUCACUUUGAGGGGGCAGCCAUUAUCCGUGUAGAAAUAGGAAUGACGUACCGACCGGGCUGGGCAUUGACGGGUGAAGAAGGCAUUUGUAGGUCAAAUGUCCAGGCGUCGUAAAUAGCUUUUACUAUGAGUUUGUGUCUGAACGUCAAAUGAUAAGCGCAUUUGUGUUGGUGAGUGGGGAAAAGCAAAAAAGGAUUGCUUGAGGGUUAAAAAAUAAAAAAGAUGGCCAAUAUAACCGUGAGCGAGCGGGUAUGUGAAGCCGCUUCAACUUUAGCCUGUGUGACGUCCAUGUUUGUCCUGCCUUUGAGCAGGUACCUGCUUGUUCUAUAUUUGUGUUCCCUCCCGUGCAUUUUUGCCUAACUCUGGGACUGUUUGCCAAAUACUACCUCACAAAUUGGAAGGGAAGUGCCACUGAAUGUUGCAAAUUGAAAUACUAGCAAGAGUGCUCAGCUCGGAGAGCCCCGCAGUUCAUUUGUACGUUUCACACAGGAAACAAACGGGCUGACCCGCGAAGGACACAAAUAUAAUCGGUCGCUCCUUACGUACGCUAACGAAGGAUGCCCGCGUCGCGGCGAUUGGGCCAGAUUUGUGCAUUUCAGCUCCUUUGUCAGCCGCCCGCCUGUAUCCAAACGAUUGUCUUGUGCCGUGGGAAGGCUCGAGUUCUUUACGAGCUAAACAUAAAUCUUGGCCAAUCUGGAUUGGGUGUGGCAACGUACGGACGGGUGGGUCCCUCUUGCUACUCCAACUGAUAUCUUGCUUGCUAUGUGUCUAUGUCCUUUUAAAGUUAGUCAAGGCACUUUGCCCGUCGUGCCUGUGUGAACCGACGUACUUUGAGCUAUGAAGAAUCAAUUGGCUUAAACAAUUUAGUGGUAUUUCCCCUCGGUUACAAAAAACGCGCGCGCGCGCACGCACGCACGCACACACCGAAGAGCCUCAACCCAAGUGCAGCGUAGCCAAGUUGAUACAAUUGAUUUGUGGAUUGUGCAUGCAAAAGUUGACUUGUCUGUUGUACAUUUGUUGUCAUGAACUGAAGCCUUCUUUUUUUAUCUUUUCUAUUGCGUUUGUUUUGGGUUGAAGUGACAUUCCAAAGGUUCAGCCCCCCCAUCGCCGCCCCCACCCCCCCUUUGUUCUUCUGUUGAGUGUUUGUGCUAAAUCCAGUGGAUUUUUCUUUUUUAUGAUCAAGUACUGACCAUGCCAGUCGUAAUACUUAAGAAUAAGUCAGAAGCUCAGAUUCACAUUGAAUCUAUUUGCACCUUGUUUAUUGAGGUAUUGUAUUUGUGUUUUUAUAUGUACACACACACACAAAGCACUUUUUAAAUGUUUUAUUUUUUUUGGAAGAUGUUCCACAUGAGCAGAGAAACGCUACCUCGUAAGGUUUUUGAAACGGAAUGAUUCAAAGGUUGCACGCAGCGUUAACACUUUGAAGUUGAUACAAUGUGCUUUAACUAUUUGUUUUCACAGGGCCAUUUGAUGAUGUGAAAUUUUGCUGAACUAUUAAUCCAUAUUUGAUUUCUUUAGGUGGCUGUCCCGCACAGAUCGGCAGGCUGCUGGUCUGGUCUUUGAGAUACCGUAUUCCCUCAAAUAGUGAGCCCCCCCCAAAGGUCUCCCUUUUUUGACAUGUAGGGAGUUAACUGAAAGCUAUUUGCAUUUUUCGAUUUGUUGCUCAUCAGAAGAGCAACCCUUUUUGCAACAUGUUAAAUCUCUUGGAUGAAUUAGUGAUGUCAAUACCCCCCCAAGCCACUAUAUGAGGAGUUACGGUAGUCAUGAAAUGCCUCAUUUCAAUGUUUUAACAAUGAUUUAAACUAUGGGUCAUCAAUUGUGCUAGUAACACACUUGAGCUUUGUUCCAAAUUUGUAGUCACAUCACCACAUCAAAAGUUGCUUUAAGAUGCACUGAACUAUCGGACGUAAUGUUUGUUAAAGCGAGACAAAUGUUAAAACAUUUGUUUGGUGGUUUCCUAAAUUUACGAUGAGUAUUUGACGCCCCGCUAAAAAUGGUCUUCGUUGUUAAAAGUAAGUGUCCCACAAAUGCCAAAGCAAUAUUAAACGCAACAUUCCAAAUAAAUAGCUUUGAUUUGAUUUUGAAAAUGCCAGUGCGAAUCAAAUAGGCAUUAGGAUGGACGCAUUUGAAAUGGCUUCCAAAUGAUUUGAUUUCCUUAACAGCAAUGGAGCAUUUCCUGGGCUUACAGCAGCCCCUCUCUCACUACUAACAACCCAGGCUCAACUUUGUGGCAUCUUGGAGUAUUAUGCAAAACUAAAAGCAGAUCGUUUAGCCACGUCAUUUUGCAUCUUUUCUCAUCAUCUCUUUUUGAUGUGAUGGCAUGCAUGGAAUGUUGACAACCCAAAAUCCCAAGUGAUGUUGAAGGCAGCUUCAUUAUUGGCAAUCAAACAGAAGCAUAAGAUGUGUUUUUCAUCUUGCAUUUUUUCCCCGGCCUAACCCUUCCUCACUUGAAUUUACGGCCUGUGGCCACAGGUGUCGCCGUUUCCUCGCCCUCCAAUAAUGUGACCUUUUCCCUCAGCCAUUUGCACUUUAGUCAUCUUAACCGUGCCGUGCCACUCGGUUGACAGACAGCAAAGCUUCGCCAGCCAGCCAGCCAGCCAGCCAGCACCUGGUGUGAAUCGACGAUGCACUUUUAAUCUUUCACUCCUUCCUUGGUUUCUUUCCUCCCUAUCUCCCUCCCUCGCUCGCUCGUCGUUGUCCUUGUUCAAGACUUGUAUUGAGCAGGGUGGCGGGCCCGCCGUGGAUGGCCACACUGGAUUUGGAGCAAGCCACUGAGCGAGCGCUUGACGCACGCACGCACGCACCUUUUGAUAUUCGGCGUUAGGGUGGUUGGAUUUUUUUCUUCUUCUUUUUUUGUGAACCGUAACACACACCUCACUUUGUGCAAAACCAACUCUGAAGCAUCCCAUUGCCAAAGCGGCUUGCUGUGUAUGUUCAAACUGUGAUGUUGUGACAUGCAAAACAUCAAAUCGAAUGUACCCAUUUUUGAAUUGUGGGGAUUUGGCUGUAGCCAAAGAUGUCUCUUUUUAAAACCAGAUGGGGAGAUUGUCAGUUUGAAAUAACAAAGUGGAAACAAAAGAAUUAAAAGGCUUUGACACAAGAA